AUGACUGAUUCAAAUUGGGGAUUCAAUAAUCAGUCAUGGGUUUCGGGUAAGUAGAUUUUUAAAAUAUAAAAAUAAUUAUUUUUUGUAACAAAUGGGAUUAAAAUUAUUGAUUGAUUUUUAUAGAACAUGCUGUAUCUAAACCAAUUUCCGUUGGUGGAGCAACACAGAACAAUGAUCCACAAUUGUCACCAAAAUCAGAAUCGUUGGGACCAUCCGUCAACGCAUUCCAAGUGCAAAUGGUGGAUAAUGUUUGCGGAUCACCAUCAUCUUAUCAAAACGGAAGAUAUGUAAGUUGGCUCAAAUAUGAGUGAAUAGCUAAAAUUUAUAAAUAAUUUUUUGCAGCGUCGUGAUUCAAUGAAUCGAUCGUAUGAUAGAAAGUAAGUUUUUUCUAAAAAUAUUUCAUUCAAAAAUCAAUUGAUUAUGUUUCAGGGAUGACAAAAAUUCAAAUGGGUAUAAUAGCAGUGUUGGAAUCCCGAUACCAAACGCCACAGAAUCUGCGACACAAUCCACACCAGAUUUCCAAAUGACACAAUAUUUGGUGCAGGGUGGUUUGGUGAUUGGUGGUUCGAAUGGUCCGUAUGGUUGUGGCUCGUGGAAUGCAGUAUACGCGCCAACCGGUUCUGAUGCUUCAGCAAUGCCAAUUUCUGGACGACCAAAUGAAUCGAAUGGCCUUUCCUCAAGCCCCACAUUCUUUCAACCAAUGUUGGGCCUGACGAAUUCGUUCGGUAAUUUGAAUUUUGGCGGAGGUGGUGGAUCGCCACAAAGAGAGCUUACCAAUUCCAUAUUUUCUGGUUAGUUUGAGACCUUGCAUUUCACUGGAAAAAUUAUUAUAAACAAAAACAUUUAUUUUUUUCAGAUCCAAUCACCGGGUUAUCAAACAAUGGAUUUGGUCAACAGAUGUAUUUCAACUCUGUAACAUCACAAGCCCAACCACAACCGCCAAGCAGUCCAAAUUAUUUCGGAACUGCGAGUUUGUCCAACGGAUCGAUUGGAAAUCAAGAUUGGCAACAACGCAAUUAUAUGCCGCUUCAAAAUUCCAAUAACUCGUCAAACACAUUUGGUGGUGGAUCAUCGCAAACAAAUAAUCGAAGGAGAAAUGAGGAAAUUGUGCCGUAAGUUCUUUUUUGAAAAAUUUAGUAAACAAUGAAAAUGAGUAGUCAUAAAUAACUCUGGGCUGGUAUCCAUCCCCAUCCUGAAAAAUUUCCUCGCUUAUACCUUUUUGAAUUUUGCGCCCUUGAAUUCAAGAAAAAGUUUUUCUCGUUCAGGAGUUCAACCUUAUCUUUAAAUAAAUUUGAAAACUACUAUUUCAGUUAUUUCCUCUUAGAAUCAAUAUAACCAUAUCAUUUUUUCCAGAUCAUCAGGAACAACCAGUCCACAAGCACCACGAAGCGCAUUGCUCGACGAUUUCCGAUCAAAUCGCACUGCUAAUCUUCAACUCAACGACAUUCGCAACAAUGUUCUCGAGUUCGCCAAAGAUCAGCACGGAUCGCGAUUCAUCCAACAAAAACUUGAGCGCGCUUCUCAACGUGACAAAGCAAUCAUCUUCCAACCAGUGCUUGACAAUGCUGAAGAAUUGAUGACUGAUGUUUUUGGAAACUACGUUAUUCAAAAGUUCUUUGAAUACGGAACACCUGAACAACGUACACUUCUCGUUGGAGCAAUCAAGGGCAAUGUAAUGAAACUCGCGUUGCAAAUGUAUGGAUGUCGAGUGAUUCAAAAGGCAUUGGAAUAUGUUGAUGUUCAAUAUCAAUAUGAGUUGUUGGCCGAAAUGGAAGGAUGUGUGUUGAAAUGUGUUAAGGAUCAAAAUGGUAAUCAUGUUAUUCAAAAAGUUAUUGAACGCGUGGAACCAAAACGUCUACAAUUCAUCAUAGAUGCUUUCACUUCGUCCGCCAACGGUGACAAUGUAAGUUCUAAAAAUAAUAGUAGUAAAUUUGAAAACAAGUCAAUUCAGUAACUGAAUUCAGAAAAUACUAUGCAAUUUUAACAAUCCGUAUACCCAAAAAUGUUUAUUUUAUUGUAGCCUAUUUUUAAAUGAUAAGUUGCAAUAAUUGUUUAUCUAUAUACUAUUAUUAUAUUAUAUGUUUAUAAAAACCUAUCAUAUUUCAGGUCUGCUCGCUAUCAAUUCACCCAUACGGUUGUCGCGUAAUUCAACGUGUUCUUGAAUACUGCACCGAGGAGCAAAAACGUCCUGUUCUCGAUGCUCUUCAUAUGCAUUUAAAGCAACUUGUUUUGGAUCAAUAUGGAAAUUAUGUGAUUCAACAUGUUAUUGAGCACGGAGGUCAAGAGGAUAAGGACAAAAUUGUCAAAGAGAUUGCUGACGAUUUGCUCAAAUUUGCUCAACAUAAAUUCGCAUCGAAUGUGAUUGAGAAAUGCUUAACAUUUGGACAUCAUAAUCAGAAAAAUAUGCUGAUUGAUCGUGUUUGCGGUGUUCCCAAUGAGUAUGUUUUUUUUUAAUUUAAGAGGAAAAUCAUAAAAUAUUAAUAUUAUUAUUUUUUCAGUCCAUCGCCACCACUUUUGCAAAUGAUGAAAGAUCCAUUUGCCAAUUAUGUUGUGCAAAAAAUGCUUGAUGUUUCUGAUCCACAACAUCGUAAGAAGAUCACCAUGACAAUCAAACCGCAUAUUCAAACAUUGAGGCGCUAUAAUUUUGGAAAACAUAUUCUUGGUGAGUAAAAAGCAUUUAGAUCAGAAACUAAGACAAACUAAGAAAACUAAGAGACAAUAAUAAAAUUUUCAGUUAAACUUGAGAAAUAUUUUGCCAAGCAAACUCAAGCGCCAUCUGGCAUCAUCAAUCAUCAUGCCGCCCAAAUGUUUGAACAAAAUCCAUACGAUAUUCCACUUGGCGGUGAUUUCAGUAAUCACUAUCAACCAAGUGUUCAAUUCUAA